AUGACCACGCUCCUCGCCCUCGCUGCCCUCUCCGCGUUUGCCGCCGCCCGACCCGAAAUCGUCGGCGGCACUGAAGUCCCCUUAGACCAGUUCAAGUACGUGGCAAGUCUCCGUGACACCGAGUCCGGAGAUACCUUGUGCGGAGGGACCUUGAUUUCCCCCACGAAAAUCCUCACCGCCGCGUCUUGCGUCGACACGUCGGCCAACUACGCGUCGAUCGGAUCGCACAACUCGAUCGGCGACAAGGACGGCGAACGCAUCAAGAUCGUAAACAGUAUCAUGCACCCCAAGUUCAACGACACGACGCUCGAGUACGACUUUGCCAUCCUUGAAUUGGAAUCCGAAUCCAAGUUCGACCCUGUCGCGCUCAACUGGGACGCGAUUGAACCCGACACCGAGACGUGGGUACUUGGCUUCGGCGCAACCUCGUUUUUCGAGGAGAUCGUCGGUAAAACCGCGACUCUCGGGAAAAACUCCCCCGUACUCUUGAGCGCCAAGUUUAACAUCUGGUCCAACAACGAGUGCCAAAAGGUUCUGGAAGGCGAAGUUGAAGUCUCGGAGUCCAUGUUGUGCGCCUAUGCCGCGGGCAAGAGCCCGUGUUUAGCCGACAUUGGCGGACCGUUGAUCAUCAAACGCGACGGUGUCGAGUACGUCGCCGGUGUGGCGAGCUGGGACUCUCUUUGCGAUUCUAAGUACCCUAGUGUGUACUCGCGCGUGUCGGUCGCCCGCGAGUUCAUCCAACCCCACUUGGCUGUCAUCGCCACGCAGCCAGAAAACUAUGUUAGUACGAGGUUUCAUACAACUCGGUUAACUUGUCCAUAA